AUGACAGAGGAAGUACUGCCUGACAGUGUGCAGCUGAAGAACGGGCGCUGGACGGGCGUGCUGGGAGAGCUGAUAAACGGGACGGCCGACUUCUCGCUGGUGCUCACCCAGAACUACGCUCGCAGCGGCGUCAUCCGCUUCAUCCGCAUCUACGCCAUCGACCCGUUUGUGUUCGUCACGAGCCCUGCUCAGCCGCUGCCGCAGUGGCUCUCCAUCUUCCGACCAUUCGAAACGCCGCUCUGGUUGGUCACCAUCGCAUCCACGGUCAUCUCCGGCUGCCUGGCCUUCAUGUUCACGCGGCUGCACCCGCAGCCCGAGCGGCGCUUCUCGCUCGGCCUGUCCAUCUUCAACUCGUACGGCGCCAUGUGCGAGAACGCCCAGCACCGUCUGCCGGCCAACUCAAUCGCCGCCCAGACUUUUCUCGGCUGGUGGUGGCUGUACUGCAUCAUCAUUCUCACCGCCUACAAGUCGUCGCUGGUUGCUAUGAUGACGGUGCCGUCAUUUAGCAAGAACAUAAACUCGUUGGAGGAGCUGGCGUCCAGCAGCUUCUCCUGGGGCAUCACGAACACGUACGGAUCCGACCACAUCCUCUUCCAGACCUCGCCGAUGCCCGUCUACCAGCGGCUGUUCGCCUCCAUGCAGUACCACAACAUCGAGGACUCGUUCGUCAAGCUACUGACCGAGCGGUACGCCUUCAUUUCGUGGAGGUCGAACCUGCAGGCGUUCAUAGCGGAACGGUACUCGGACAGCAGCGGCCGACCGCUGGUCCAUAUGGCCAAGGAGGCCUUCUCGCCCGAGAACUUCGCCUGGGGCUUCCGGCCGAAGGCGCCGUUCGUGCACAAGUUCGACGCGGUGAUGCAGCGACUGACCGAGGCCGGUCUGAUCCGCAAAUGGGAGCUGGAUACGGUGGCGCGCCGGCGCAGGGAGGGGCGUUCAUCGUGCUGA